GCCGGGGCCGUCGCGAAAUUCUUGUCACGACAAGUCGACGACGCACGCGAUCAGCGGGCAGCCUUCAUCACCGCUUUGAGAGCCGUCUCUCUGCUCGAAUGAGUCGGCCACAGAUCCGAACAGUCAUCUUCGAUGUCGAUGGCUUGCUACUGGACAGCGAGAGAAUCUAUACCAUCGCAUCGAACGAAUGGCUCAGACCCUACGGCAAGACGAUGACGUGGGAGACCAAGGUCAAGCUCAUGGGCAGACCUGCACCCGAAUCGGCACGCAUCUUCCUCGAAGAACUCGGCAUCGAGGGCGUCACGCCCGACGAGCUCGUCACACAGAUGGGUCAGAUUCAAGCCGAACUUUUCAAAAAGACUGUGCCCUUGCCUGGUGCAGUCAAACUUGUACAACACCUGCACAAGCACAAGAUACCCAUUGCUAUUGCCACCGGAAGCAAACAGUUCAACUUCGUUGCGAAAUCGUCCCACCUGCCUGAGCUAUUCGGCUGCUUUCCAGAGGACUCCAUCGUCACGGCAGAUACGCCGCAAGUGAGGCGGGGAAAGCCGCACCCUGAUAUCUUCCUCUACGCUGCCAGCACGCUGGGCGUCACCGAACCGAGAGAUAUCGAGCGGUGUCUCGUUUUCGAAGACGGGAUACCUGGCGUCAUUGCAGCAAAAGCAGCAAAGAUGAGCGUCGUCUGGGUACCUGAGCCGGAGGUGCUCAAGCUGAGCGACAACGACAAGAUGGAGCACGAUCAGCUGUUGAAGAGUCUGGAAGAUUUCGACCCGGCAGAAUGGGGUCUGCCACCCUAUGAGCAGUAGGAAGCACUUUAUAGACUUGCAAGCAAGAGCUUGUACAACAACGUGUUGCAUUGUAGACCUGUGCAAUCGAACGCUGUAUUAGCGACAUGCAGACGAGCCAAUGGGAAUGCAGGAAGGAGCAGGAUCAGCUAGCCGUUCUUAGUGGAAUACAUAGGAUCCGCAUCGCUCGAGAGCUCGAGAUUUAGCAUAGAAGUGUACUGAAUGUCAUCACCGUAUGGGAAGGAAAAAG